AUGAUUCAAUUAAAAAAAAAAAAAGGAAAUUUUAAAAGGUUUCUUUUUUUUUUUGGAACCAUUUUUCCAAUUUGUAUUAUUAUUAUUAUUAUUAAUAUUUUUCUUUCUGUUGAUAGAGAUUUUGAUGAUGACGUCGUGGGAAAAGAUGAUAAAACCAUUCGUACAAACGAUGAUAAAAAACAAAAUCAUAGCGAGAUUGAAAAAAGAAGAAGGGAUAAAAUGAACACUUACAUAACAGAAUUGGCAAACAUGGUACCCAUUUGUCACGCAAAUCCGAGAAAAUUGGAUAAGUUGACGGUUUUAAGAAUGGCCGUUCAACAUCUCAGAUCGAUAAGAGGAACGGUUCAUUCUUACACGGAAGGACAUUACAAACCGACAUUUUUAUCAGACGAAGAAUUAAAAAAUCUUAUUUUACAAGCCGCGGAUGGUUUUUUAUUCGUCGUAGGUUGCGACAGAGGAAGAAUAUUAUUCGUGUCGGAAUCCGUAUCGGAAAUAUUAAAUUAUUCACAAUCGGAUUUACUCGGACAAAGUUGGUUCGAUAUAUUACAUCCGAAAGACGUGGCUAAAGUCAAAGAACAACUUUUCUCAUCGGAUUUAAGUCCGAGAGAAAGAUUAAUCGAUUCGAAAACAAUGUUACCCGUUAAAACGGACGUUCAACCGGCAGGUAUAUCGAGAUUGUGUCCAGGUGCGAGACGUUCAUUCCUAUGCCGCAUGAAAUGUAGAGGAUCGUUUCACGUCAAGGAAGAAGCCGACACGACGACAGGAUGUCACAGGCCGAGAAAAAAACAAUCAAAUUCCGAUAGGAAAUAUAACGUGAUACAAUGUACGGGUUAUUUAAAAUCAUGGCCGCCUGUUAAAUUGGGUUUAGAAGAAACUGAAGGAGAAAACGAUAGCGAAUCUUGUAAUUUAUCUUGUUUGGUUGCCGUCGGACGAAUACAAUCUCAAAUGAAUAAUAAUUUACAUUAUUAUUUUCCAACGGCUAACAUAAGACAAUUUCCAUUCGUAUCGAGACAUGCCAUCGAUGGUACUUUUUUAUUCGUCGAUCAAAGAGCAACGUUGAUGUUGGGUUUUCUACCGCAGGAACUCAUCGGCACGAACGUUUACGAAUAUUUUCAUCAGGAAGAUAUCAGAACGCUUUCGGAAACUCAUAAAUUAGCAUUACAAUCGUUACAAGUGACGAAAACGCAAAGUUAUAGAUUAAGAACGAAAGAUGGAAGUUACAUAAGAAUUCAAAGCGAAUGGAAACCGUUUAAAAAUCCAUGGACGAAAGAUAUAGAAUAUUUAAUUUCGAAAAAUUCUGUCGUUUUAACGGUUGACAGUAGCGUAAUAAGGUCGGAAGGACCGACACAAUCGAAUAGAAAUUACGAUCCAUUUUCAACGAACGUUCAAAGAGUUCCAUCUUCUCACGUCGGUCCGAGUCUCAUAGGACAACAAAUAGCAAGAGAAAUCGUAUUGAGAAGAUGCGAUGACAAUAAUUAUGCGAAUACGCCAUCACCGAGUGGUAUCGAUGCUUCUGACGUCACGAUACAAACAACAUCAAACCCUGAGUCGGUUAUGUCGACAAGUGAUAACGACGGACGUAUUUCAUCCCUACAAAGAAUUAAUUUAAACGAUAUGAAUAACGUUAAUAUUAAACAUCACAGUAUAAGAAAUAACGUGUCACUAACGGCGGCAGCAUCGUCUGGAAUCGAUGAUUCAGAUGCCGAAAUGUUGGAAAUGAUGAGCGGUACGGCGGCUAUGGCCGUCAUUAUGAGUUUAUUAGAAGCCGAUGCCGGUUUGGGUGGUCCCGUUGAUUUUUCCGGUUUGCCAUGGCCGUUACCGUAA